AUGGCCUACCAAGCACGCCAAACCGGUCAAGAAGCUGCCUAUAUGCAACAGAUUCAACAAAUGACAGCACAGGCAGAUACAAACUAUCAGUCCAUGUCUAGAAAUACCCAAGUGGCGCUUCAGAAAGCAUUGGAGAAUCGUACGCAGUACAAAAAUGCACAGCGCACACAGCCUUCAUCGGUCAUGCCUGGCACUACUUCGACCGCUUUUGGGGCUCCAGCGGUCACAAGUGCUCCGGCUUUUGGUGCUCCAAACCAACCAACAUCUGCCUUUGGGCAGACAUCGGUUCCCUCUGCUUUUGGGCAAACAGCAGCGCCUUCUGCGUUCGGCCAGGCGGCCAAGCCGUCAGCAUUUGGACAGGCCAGCCAGCCCUCAGUCUUCGGACAACCUGCACAACCCUCGGCAUUUGGACAAACAUCGCAACCCUCGGCAUUUGGGCAGACAGCUAAUCCUUCCGCGUUUGGCCAAGCAUCCCAGUCCUCCGCUUUCGGGCAAAUGUCACAACCUUCUGCGUUUGGCCAGACGUCCCAGCCAUCUGCUUUUGGCCAAACGGCGCAACCUGCUGCGUUUGGACAAGCAGCUAAGACGUCCGCUUUCGGGCAAACAUCCCAACCUGCUGCGUUUGGACAAACAGCCAAACCAUCAGCUUUUGGACAAGCGGCGCAACCGUCGGCGUUUGGGCAGGCUUCCCAACCUGCUGCGUUUGGACAAACAGCCAAACCAUCAGCUUUUGGACAAGCGGCGCAACCGUCGGCGUUUGGGCAGGCUUCCCAACCUUCCGCCUUCGGUCAAACGGCACAACCAUCAGCAUUUGGACAAUCGUCACAGUCAUCGGCGUUUGGCCAAGUCUCAAAACCCUCGGCGUUUGGACAGACCGCACAACCUUCAGCCUUUGGCCAAACGUCACAGCCAUCUGCGUUUGGCCAGACAUCUCAACCAUCUGCGUUUGGCCAGACAUCUCAACCAUCUGCGUUUGGCCAGACAUCCCAACCAUCGACUUUUGGCCAAACGGCGCAACCCUCUGCCUUCAGCCAGCCUUCAGCCACAGUCAACGCUGCCCCUGCGUCCACCCAACCGGGCUCCACUGCGUCUACAACUACGCCUUCCACCUUUGGCACCGCCACUGCACCUUCGGGAUCGGCUACUGCACCAUCAGCAUUUGGACAACUUUCUACAACAACAUCCGCUUUUGGCUCAACGGCCAAGCCAGUAUACCCCUUUGGCGCCACGUCUGCACCAUCAACCUCCGUCGAUGUAUUUGAUGCCGAUCGUUUGCAUGAAAAAGACUUGCCUUCGGAUGUGCUGGCUGCCUUCCAAGCCGAUCGGUUUACAUGGGGCGAGAUUCCUGUAGCCGAGCCUCCCGUCGCCUUGUGUACAUAA